UAUCCCUUAUGCCCGCAACCCUUUUGCUCAUCAACAUCUUGCUUCCGAAGGUGCUCUGAUCGGUAACUUCUCGAGACUCAGGCAGCGCCAGCACUACUUCCAGUUCGAAAGCAUAGCCAUUCCCACAGCCUCGCCAUCUGGUUGGCCUCUAGCGCAAUUGUACAACUCUUCCCCCCACUUCGCCGGAGCUGUUGCGGGAAUUGCAAUGUACACCAAUUGGAAAUCCCCCCUGGGGUGUAUAGUCAAAGAAGGUGUGAACUGUGAAGGGUUUCCAAACACAUAUAACAAUCAUCCGUCUGGAAUACUCCAAGUCUCCAACUACGGCUCCAGGGAGCAACUAAGAGCAUAGUCUCGUUUAAGGAGUUGAUUCUGUCCCAGCCAUGGAAGUUAUAUUAUUACGACAUGCUCAUAUACCGAGUAUAGAUACAUUUGGGUCUUUUAGCAGUAGAAAAGAAAAUAGUGUCGGGAAGGGUAAGUUUGUAAACUUAAUGAGUUUGUUUAAAACAUAUUUAAAAAAAGAGGCUGCACUUAGUAAAAAUAGGGCUGUAUUUAGCAUUUCCCAAAAACAAUGACAAAACAUUAUCGGAAUGGGCCAAAUAGGCUCUUGCUAUUUAAAUUUCAUUAUUCAAAUCUCU